UCGGGAAGACGCUGCUGUGCUGGCCUGCACAUGUAACACGGAGAUCUUGGCAGCUGGCAAUCUGAACCGCUUCCCACCUUCACUGGGGAUCCCUGUAAGAGCCUCAGAAAAUGUCUCCUGUAUGCUGAGUGAUGUGAAAGAAACCAUGAGAAAGUCACUGGAUAAAACCUCCUUAGAGUGGUUUGGAAGAGGAUUAGGACAUUUGCCUCUCUUCCAACUUGACUUUCCAGGCAGGGUCAGUCAGCAGCUGGAGACUUCCUUGGCUCAGGGCCAGAGCUCUUUUGUAAGCUGCAACUUUGUCCUUCUAUCACCUCUGUGCCACUUGUCCCAUCCUCUCUCUCUGGGCACCCUCACAAGUUCCUUGGAGCUAAACCAGGGCAGCUCGGCUGAACCUUCGCUUUUCCAUCAACUGGAGCUGUCUCCAUGCCCACCCUGCCACUCCCUAAGCUGGCUGCCUGUUUUCUCAUAUCCCCUUCCAGGCUUUCAACAGCUCAGAAAGAAAAAUCAUAAACCUGAGAAUCCCAUCCAGGAUACCACAUUGUAUUCACUUUUCGCGUCUCCUUCGUCUUCUCCAGCCUGUGACAAGUCUCUCAGGCUCUCCUGGUCUUUCAUACCCUUGGCACUUUUGAAGAACAUUGGUCAGGAUAUACUUAUUGGCUGCACACCAAGCUUUGGAAUUGAGCGUCUGGCAAAAGAUGGAGUAAAUAAACAGGGACAUCAGCUUCUGGCUGUCCUUUCUGUACCACCUUCCUGUCAAGAUGAACCGUUUCUGUUGACUGAAAACCAUCAAGGUAGAAAUGGAAAUACCUCUGUUUGACCUGGGGCUAAUGAAAGAGUGGAAACUUCUACAAACUGGAAGGUGCCUGAAUUUCCAGCUAGUGUUAAGUGGCCAUAACGAAGUAUAACCCAUGGCUUCAAUUUGGUCUGUCA